UAUAAGUGUCAGUGAGUUACUCGAUUUACGAGUCGGUGGUGCUGGCGUUGGGUCUAGUCUAUCCCAUCUGCCCCUGUCCUGUAGCAUUAGGAGUUUGUGAAAAUGAAGAGCUUAUGCUUUGCGGUGUUAGCAGUAUGCGCGCUGGCGGCGGUGAACGCCCAAAAUGAAGACGAGGCACUACAAAUACCCAUAGAAACCAAUAAUCAAUUCCCUCCGGACCAAUUAGAAUCCGAGGGUCUGAUCGAGGGAAGCGGCGCGGGCGGUGGCAUUGAAGAACCUAAAAUAGAUAUUACGUCCGAAGUAGUUCCUCCGCCUGAACUAGAAAAUAUAGUGCCGGAGGCUACCGAAAACACCGAAACCACAACGACUGCAGAUAAUGCCUCGGAAAUUCCGUGUCCGAAGCCGUGCGUUUGUAGCAUCGAGGGUGAUACCAACAACUUUGCAGUGGAUUGUUCUGGAUAUGACCUGACAGAGUUUCCCUCGCCCAUCGACUCGCGGACGACCACGUUGAAACUACACAAUAAUAAAUUAACCGAGAUACCCAAGGACAUUUCUUCCUUGAAGAAUUUAAAAGUAUUAAAUGCUGAAAAUAAUUCAAUAAUGGACUUGGCUUUGGGAUCGGUCAGUGAGCUUCCAGAGCUGACAACACUGAAGCUUGGCAACAAUCGUCUUAUUGAGUAUCCCAAGGAUUUAAAGAACAGUUUGUCCCUCAAUAAAUUGGAGGAGCUAGACUUAGGAGGAAAUGACAUUCGAACGGUUAUGACUUCAUCUACGUUUUCAAACUUUCAAAGUCUUCGUAAAAUAAUACUACCAAACGCAUCGCCCGAGUUGAUGGGUGAUUUGUGCGGCCUAUUGAAAGACUCUUUGGAAACAGUUUGUUCAGAAAAUUGUAACAAGCAAAUUUACGAAUGUCCUGAUGCACCAGGAAACUUAGAUGACGGUCUCAUGGACGCCGUUAUACCAGGAAUAAUUUCACUGAGCACAGCACUAAUAGAAAAUAGCGAUCCAGCCAUCGACAAGGAAAUUAAAAACGAGGAACCUGUCACCACAGAGGAGCCCCAAGCCCCAGUAGUAACGACUACAACCACCGUUUCAAGCGAUAACAUUCAAGCAGCGUCCGAUUUCUCUCUCCGAGCUAGAGUAGAAAAUGAACCACAAAACAUAUCAGCCAUGAAUGCUGUCGUAGAGGCGCCUAGGGAGAACGAUAACGAGGAAGUCAAAGUGGGGGCCAAAACUGAAGAUAACAAAACUGGUGGAGUCGACAAGAGCGUUAUUGGAAUUAUAGUCGCCGGUAUGGUCGUGGUAGUCGCUGGUAUAACAAUUAAGAAAAAUUGGAGUUCAAUAACAAAACGAUUUAGUUCAAAUCCGAGACCACACGAACGCAACGGAACAGUACAGAGCAAUGGCAAUGGAACAGCGCCGGAAGAAGUUCCUCUACAGAGUAAAUCGCCGGUGUAAAACAUUAAUUUAGUGUAUAAGUGGAUUGAUUCUUAGAUUGCUUGGUUUGGGCUUGAUCUGAAUGAAUAUGUAUACAGGUUUAUAUUGGUAGUUUUUUAAUCCUUGUUAUAUUGGAGUAAUCCUACGAAGUAAAAUUUAUUUAUAAAAUUAGAUAUCUUUUAAAUAAGUCAAUAUUUAUAAACAUAAACAAUUAGAUGAACUAAUUGUUGGAUAGAAUGGGCAUUAGAUGUAUAUUUUGUAUAAUAGUCAAAAACGUAUUAUAAUAAUAAUUGUAAAUUGAACAAAAGUUUUUGAAACGGACUUACGGGCUGAUUCUUCAAGAAGUGUUAGUAUUAGGGAUAUAAUUUUUGGUCUUGAUUCUGGGUAUGCUUUAAAAACAAAUUAUUUUUACUAUACCAAAACCGUUUUGAAGACUUUGUGAAAUAAUCUGCAGUUAUGUGCAAAAUAAAAUCAUUUUUAUACUU